UGUCGGCAGAUUGGUUUUAUUUUUAACCAGCAGUGGAACAAAGCGUUAUCGGGGUCUGUUCAUUAACACAACAUGACACGCUGUCGUCGAUUUUCUGCUAGCGAAAAUGGUAAACACCACACGACGUGGAUACAGGCCUGCAUGAAGUAGUUUAGUGACAAGUGGCGGCUACGUGGAAUAACGUUUUUAUUUUUCUCAUGUUAACGCUAGCUGUUGCUGUGAGCUUUAGUUAGAUGUGGUUGGUUGAAGCUGUAACGGGGGAGUGUCGUUGACUGUUGUAAGAUAGGUUAAUGCUGUAGUUAUUCAUUUAGAGAGCAAGCUCGUCGAGUUAUAUGUGUUACAAACUAUGAGAUUAUAUAACUGUUCAAAGAUCAGGUGUUUUUCUUUCUUGCUUUUUUUGUAUGCCAAGGUGGCAUACUGUUUGUCUUGCUUUGUGAUGGUGUCUGGCCACUGGGGUAAUCACAUGGCACACGCCUGAUCUAAGGUGGUGUUCACUUCCACUGGCUGGUCUGUUUACAUGAUGGAUAGCGUUAUUUAAAUGUACGACAAUGAUGGCAGGGGAUGAUUUCAUAUGUUAAAAUGGUCGAUAUUAGCACACGUAAAUGUAGACAGUAUUUACCAACUGAAUAAAUGAUAAAUCAUUCAUAUAUGUAAUACUUGUUUAUUUUCCACCUGUCUCCAUUCUACCAAUCUUACUAAAGAGUGAAAACACGUCUGUGCCAUAUUGCUAUUCUAAUUGAUGAAUAGAUAACCACGUCAUAACUUUGGUAUUCGUUUUGUUACAGUUAAUAACACACUUUCCCAGAAGACUACCAAAGGUCUCACUCUUAUCUUCCUUACUUAGUUUAAAGAUUGACUGAUUAGACCAGUGUGUCAGACCUGUCCACGGUCUUGACUCUGUUUAUAUAACAGCGCAAAUAGUUAGCUGUCUUCAGUUACUUACUAACCUAUGGAAUGCUUGGUAUUAAUGGGAGAUGGGGAUUUUCGGUGAGUAUUCAUUCCUUCCAUUGCACACAUAACUUGUCUCCACCAGUGAGAAUUUUGUUAUUGGGAAAUUGAAUGCGUGUUAUUAUAAAAACAAAUUAUGCUGUGUCCUGUGUUCGGUCUGCUGCCGCUUACUAAAAAUACAUAAAGGUAUCACAUUGCCCUGACGGUCGUGACCAUAUGGUGCCCUGGUGGAAGCGGAAAGCGGACUUGCUGUGUGCUAUUCUUCAGUUGAGGAUAUCUUGCUUCAUAAUGAGCCCUGGCCUCAGUGGGAUGAGUAGCUUUGGCACAGUGAAGCGGAAACUCCUGGUGAUGCCAGAGGAAGCCUUGUCCAUCUCUGUGUGGGCUUUGUCCUCACUAUGUUUAGGUAUUCAAAAAAAAUAUAUAAAUAAAUUCGAAAAAAUAAAAAGAGAAACAGGGAGCUGGUUUACAGUGCAGUGGUGAUGCUGACGCAGGAGCUUGUGGCAGAGCACCCCGAGCACCCUUAAAGACUGAAUUCUUGUUUUGUGACCAGAGGGAGUGGAAGUCAGCUGUACAAAACGAGGCAAAGUUGCUUUUCCUGAAACUGGACAUGCAGUAUGCUGGCUUAUUGGACUUGAACAGGUGGAAGACGACUUAAGAGGCUGCUGUCCCAGUCAGACCUUUGGACCCACGGUAGGGGACGAAAUGGGGAACACAGCGACCAAGUUCCGUAAGGCUCUCAUCAAUGGAGAUGAACUGCUGGCUUGCCAACUGUAUGAGAGCAACCCACAGUUCAAGGACGCUCUAGAUCCCAACUCUACAUAUGGAGAGUCCUAUCAGCACAACACUCCACUGCACUAUGCUGCCCGGCACGCCAUGACACGCCUACUCAGGUCUUUUCUCCUAAGCAAAGAUGGCAAUCCUAACAAGCGCAACGUGCACAAUGAGACAUCUCUGCACCUUCUCUGCAUGGGGCCUCAGAUCCUGACUUCAGAGGGAGCUUUGCAUCCCCGCAUCUCAAGGCCAUACGAAGACGAACAGCGACGAGGGGAAUGCCUUCAGAUCGUGCUAGCAUGGACAGGAGCUAAGCUGGAUCAUGGAGAGUAUGAAAGGGCUGAUGUCAAUGCCACUGACAACAAGAAAAACACUUGCCUACACUAUGCUGCUGCCUCAGGCAUGAAGACUUGUGUUGAGAUGCUGGUGCAGAGAGAAGCGGACUUGUUUGCGGAGAAUGAAAACCGCGAGACUCCAUGUGACUCUGCAGAGAAGCAGCACCACAAGGAGUUGGCCCUGCGCCUGGAGUCGCAGAUGGUCUUCUCUCUUGCCCCUGAGGCAGAGGGUAUUGAGGCAGAAUAUGCAGCCCUAGAUCGAAGAGAGUUGUACGAGGGCCUGCGGCCACAGGAUCUUCGGAAGCUGAAGGACAUGCUGAUAGUGGAGACAGCUGACAUGCUACAAGCCCCUCUUUUCACUGCAGAAGCACUGCUACGUGCCCAUGAUUGGGACCGAGAGAAGCUCUUAGAAGCCUGGAUGGCCAAUGCGGCGGAGUGCUGCCAACGCUCAGGUGUGCAAAUGCCCAACCCACCCCCAAGUGGUUGCAAUGCUUGGGACACCUUACCUUCUCCCCGGACGCCUAGGACCACCCGCUCCUCCAUCACUUCACCAGACCAAAUCAGCCUCAUGCCUGCUGAUGAGGAGUCUUCUCUGUGUGGUAUCUGCAUCUCUUCCCUCUCCGUCUUUGAAGAACCUGUUGACAUGCCCUGUGGCCACGACUUUUGUAGAUCAUGUUGGGAAGGUUUUCUGAAUUUAAAAAUCCAAGAAGGAGAAGCCCACAACAUUUUCUGCCCAGCCUUUGAUUGCUACCAGCUAGUACCAGUGGAAGUCAUAGAGGGUGUGGUCUCCAGAGAGAUGGACAAGCGCUACCUCCAGUUUGACAUCAAGGCAUUUGUAGAAAACAAUCCGGCAAUCCGAUGGUGUCCAGAGGCGGGGUGCGAAAGAGCGGUACGCCUGAACACCCAGGGCCCUGGAGCCUCCACCUCAGAUCACCUAAGCUUUCCCCUCCUUCGGGCCCCUGCUGUAGAUUGUGGCAAAGGCCACCUCUUCUGCUGGGAGUGUCAAGGUGAAGCCCAUGAGCCCUGUGACUGUGAAACGUGGAAGAUGUGGCUACAGAAAGUCAGUGAGAUGAAGCCUGAGGAAUUGGCUGGUGUGAGCGAAGCUUAUGAGGAUGCAGCCAACUGCUUAUGGUUGCUCAGUAACUCCAAACCCUGCGCCAACUGUAAGUCUCCUAUACAGAAAAACGAGGGCUGCAAUCACAUGCAGUGCGCCAAGUGUAAGUACGAUUUCUGCUGGAUCUGUCUGGAGGAAUGGAAAAAGCAUAGCUCAUCUACAGGGGGCUACUAUCGCUGCACUCGCUAUGAGGUCAUCCAGCAGGUGGAGGAGCAGUCAAAGGAGAUGACUGAAGAGGCUGAGAAAAAACACAAGAGCUUUCAGGAACUCGACCGCUUUAUGCACUACUACACACGCUUCAAGAACCACGAGCACAGCUAUCAGCUAGAGCAGCGUUUGUUAAAAACAGCCAAAGAGAAGAUGGAGCAGCUUAGUCGAGCACUAAGUGGAAGGGAAGGAGGCCCACCUGACACUACAUUCAUUGAAGAUGCAGUCCUAGAACUACUAAAGACUCGCCGCAUCCUCAAGUGCUCUUAUCCUUAUGGGUUCUUUCUGGAGCCCAAAAGCACAAAGAAAGAGAUCUACGAGCUUAUGCAGACGGACUUGGAGAUGGUGACUGAAGACUUGGCACAAAAGGUUAACAGGCCUUACCUGCGAACACCACGCCACAAGAUCAUCCGUGCGGCUUGUCUGGUACAACAGAAGAGGCAAGAGUUUUUGGCCUCAGUAGCCAGGGGAGUGGCCCCUAAUGACUCACCUGAAGCCCCAAGGCGAAGUUUUGCUGGUGGAACGUGGGACUGGGAGUAUUUAGGCUUUGCAUCACCUGAGGAGUACGCAGAGUUCCAGUACAGACGGCGGCAUAGGCAGAGGCGGCGAGGCGACAUGUCCAGUCUCCGUAGCAACACACCUGACCCUGACGACCUCAGCGACAGCACUUUAGACACACAGGAUGCUGGAAGUGGACGCAGACAAGGUCCUAUGAUGGGUCUGGGUUCGCUGGAUGACGAUGACCCCAACAUUCUUCUGGCUAUUCAGCUGUCACUCCAGGACUCAGGGAUGGUCGGGAGUGUGUCCAGUCAUGAAGUACUUGCCAACGAAGCCUCACUCGGCGCUAUUGGCACCUCCCUGCCUUCGAGGCUUGAGCAAAGUGCUCCAGGCAUCGAGGUCCCCCCCAGAGCUUCUCUAAGCAGCUCAGAACUGCUGGAGUUGGGAGAUAACUUGGUGAAACUUGGCAACAUCAGCAGCCAGUACUCUGCUGCCACCGGUGUUGCUAUCCCUGUACAGCACGGUGACAGUCAUCAUCGGGCAUACGGUGCUUCUGUGCCCAUACCAGUGGCUCCUGGUUGCAGCAGCUCUUCAACAGGCCUCUUCUCUUCCACCGACACAACAGACUCAACCACAUGUGGCAGCCACGACCCAUCCUCAUCCUCUGCAUUAGCAGCAAACGCUAACCUGCUGGGCAAUAUCAUGGCUUGGUUUCAUGACAUGAAUCCUCAAGGUAUCACUCUGGUACCCCCAACCUCCUGUGACAGCGACUCAGUCCCGGGUUCACUCCAUAGGGGCGAAGGAGAAGACGAUGACAAGGUCGGGGUGGUCGUCUUCCCUGAAAACAGGAAGCCUCAGGAGGUGAUGGCAGAUGUGGGGUUCUGCUCUCAGAGGCUGAGUGAGAUGGAGGAGAAGGAGUGCACUGUCGCUGAGAGACCGACCCAGUUAGAUCUAGUGGGGCUGGACACCAUGCCACUACCUUACAUGGGAGCCCAUGACGCAAGCGGAGGCCAUGCCGAGCGCAGAGGCUCAAAGGUGUGCCACGUCGACACUCCGCGAUGUGACUCUGUGUCUGAUCAGCUGCCAAGCACCAGCUCAUCUGAGUGGGAAGAUCAAGUGCACUUGGUAUGAUCUCUCUAACUGAGAUGGCAAAGAGCUUUUAAGGAAGGCCAAAAACCACUACAGAUUGCAAAAUGAAUAAAGAGGAGGAACGUCUGUGCUAGCUAUUCAGGUGGAAUGUAAACAGAGUGGGGAAUGUGUCAUACUUGACCAGAAAGUGGGGAAGACACAGAUUCAGAUUUAAGUGCAACAAGAUGUGUUUACUGUAUUGUCAGCCUUCUGCAAAGAAAGUACUAAAUAGAAGAGAUCACAGUUAGUUACCAGUUUCAAGGGUGACUUAUAAAACAAGUCUUGUACUAGUAAAAAUACAAAUAAGUAGCGGGGUUUUUUUUGUUUUUGUUUUUUAAAUAUCAGAUUUAGAGACUUAGGAGCUUUAGAAACUUUAACCUACAUAGUUAUUUUCCACUGGACUAAAAGCCUACUGUAUCCGUCUGGAUCAGGUCUGAUGUAACUCAGCUGUACUUAGUGAGCAGAUUAACAGUUUGCUCCAAUAUUCAAUCGAAACAAAGCCGGCUGAGAUGGUUCUCACUCCUGUCCAAUUCUGCCUACUUCAUGGGUGCCAAACACUGACUAGCAAAAGCACAGUUUGCAGUCACCAAGUGGAUUCUCUAAAGCAAAUUGUGCCUGCUUUUUACAAUCUCAACCACUCAGCUAAACUUUAAUGUGAAAGUGUUGAGCCAUAAUUUUCUUUGAGAUUGCAGCUGAUUGAUACUCUGAAAAUGUCACUGGCUAAAAGCUGCCGUGAGCCGUGUAGAACUGAGGCUUCAGGCCCUAAUGGAUUUGUACUUUAUGUAAAAUAUUCACAUUGGCAAAAUUUUGAUUAAUUAUUCAACUGAAAAGUAGUUGGCCUCCUCAAAAACAUUUCAAAAUGGACUUGACAGUGGUUAUUACUCCCCAACACAGGCUGAAUCAAAAAACAACGAAUGCUGACGGGCCCAGAGGGAGUGCUCGUGAUUCAGUUUGCACCUUUGUCACAGCAUGUUCUGAAUUCCAUUGUAGCUUGUCUUAAAUUAAUGUUUUGAGUAUUGCAGCCGAACGUGGAGCGCGACAGACUAAGUAGACAGUGAGAAGUCUGCUUCAUACGCCGCAGGGAAGGCCAUUGAAAUCAGGCAGUCGUAUUCAGACUCUGGUAAAUUAAUUACUCACGCCCAAGUCACGUAAUUUAUCUCUGGGUCCUGUUUUAAAAGUAAUAAGCAAAGCCUUUCAGAUCUUUGCAGAUUUUCCGGACUGCAGGGUAAUGCAUGGGGGGAAAAAAAUUAAAAAUCAUGAAUGUGUACAGCAUCUCAUCCUCAUGGGAAGUCCAUGUCUUUGAAACGGUUCUCUCUCUGGAGUUGAGACACACAGUGCCUUUGUGUAAAUCACCAUGAUUCACUUUUUCCUUUUUUCACACAUUUUUUUUUCUGAGUGCUAAUUUAAAAAAAAAAAUGACAGUGUAAACAAAAACAGAAACACCUGUUACCUUAAAGUCGUUUCUCUCACAUUGCCGUUGAUAGUGUUCAGACAUGUGCUCAUCAGAAAUGUUUGUAGCAAGAGGCUUUUUUGUUGGCUCUUGUGGUGAUAUGUUAAUAGAUGACACUGACUCUUUUUUUUUUUCUUUUUUUUUAGCGAUUUGGUGAAAUACGUUGUAACGAUGAAGUCACACUUUAAAGAAAAAAUCUUAUUCCCAGAUAUUUUGAAGAAAGGUUUUAUUUCUCUGGGUUUGUGCAGUAAGGCUUCUUGCCCUACACUGAAGUGGUUCCCGGGGUUUAGCAUCUAAAAAUCACUGCGCUGAUUUCAGAAUAGGUUAACCUACUGUUCUGUAUCGCUUGUGUGUGAGGAAAGUUAUAAAGUAGGUAUUUAUUUGGAAUAAAGAUAAUUCAUUUAAAUAAUGGAUUGUGAGUAACCCAUGUGAACUAAAACACACUAGUCAGUGUCUUACCUUUAAGACGUGAUUAUGUUCUUGUACAGACUGAUGUCUGGCUGAAGUAAAUGACCUUUUUCUCUCUCUCUCUGUCCCCUUGCAGAUGUAUAGAGCAACAUUAAGUCUAAAGAUAGUGAUUGCUUUGAUAAGUGUCUGGGUGCCAUAUGGUUAAUGGAACUAACUUUGUCGGACUUGGUUAAUGGAAGUGCUUUUAUCAGAGGAGAUAACAUGCGUUGCCCUUUUUCUUUAGUAGUAUGCUGUGCAUGUAACGGGCACACUUUAUACUGUCACCUCAUAUGUUCAGGUGAUUUAUUAAAAAAAAUUAAAAAAGGUAUAUAACAUUUUGUAACUCAUUGAGAUUUUCUAUUGUAAAGCAACUAAUCCUUGAAAUGCUAUUUGCACUUUCAUAGUUUAUACUUGAUACAUUCCCUCUUUAUAUGAAAAGUGUUUGAUGUGUGAUGCCAAUAAACUAUGUGUUGAGUUUUA